AUGAAGUUAGGUCAAAUUGUCUCACUCACAUUUAUACCUACGCUAUAUGUGUUGUUUGUGCUGUUGCUGGAAUUUGUGGAAGAUGCUGUGGCACAAAAUCCUGACCCACUUUUCCAGCUACCCGUGCAGUUAGUCGGCUUCCCGGUUAUCGUGUUAUCAGUGCGCUUAUCACAAUUCGCUAAGAAGCUGGCUUACUCGUUGAAUCCAAACACCUAUCGCGCGCGCAGCAAACGUGAGACUGCACCAUAUGCCGCUUAUGAUGCUGAGUUGGCGCAAAAAGAAAUUUUACGAGAGUUUGGACCAAGCGCUUGUAUAUUGGAGGAACCUUGUCGUGUGCAUGCCUCACGGCCAGGUCGCUUUGGUGCACAACAACAUCCAGCGUGGAAUGAAAUUUUGAGGUAG